AUGGUACCAAAACAGCGCUACGCUCAAAAAUGUGGGAAAAAGACGAAGAUUUCAAGAUCCCAUAAGCACUUUUGUCUUACAUCUACAUCUAAAGAAGCAGAUCAGAGAUACAACAAAAAUCGAAUGGCCAAGGAGUCAGACGAUGAUUUCUGUUCGCCAAAUCCACUUCGGUCGCUUUUAGCGGCUCCUCGUGGAAGAUACAGAAGACAUGAGAAAAAGGAGAUGCACUUCAGAUAUUGUACACUUCUUUGCGAAAGUGUCAAUGGCAUCGUAGAUUCACUGCAAGAGUCGUCUGGCAAGUUUGACACAUGUGCUGUCUGUUCAAAAAAUAUAUCACAUCUGGAUAAUCUGAGAAAGUGCGCUCAUGUUAACAGAUGUCUGGACACGCAGGAAUCAUCAAAUGCAUAUGAAAAGGCCAAAGAUAAGUGGAACAAUGUAGUUGACUGUCCUAUGUGUGGUGAACCACAACCACCUGGUCCUCAUCGGUCAGCUCAUGCGAAGCGGUGUGGAAAAGCCUUCAACAUAACACCGAAGGAGUUGCUAAAACUUAUGGAGACUCAACAGCGUAUUUGUAAUGCCAAGAAGCAUCACAAUAUGGUGCAUACGAAAGCACCGGUGCCAGUGAAGAAGGAAGUUUUACCGGCAAAGUUAAAGGGAGCACCGAAUUCUCCGUUUGAAGAAGACCUUCAACUUGCAAGAGCUCUUUCAACUAGCAUGAUCACGAAGGCAAACGAUGAAAAUUGUGACACCUCACCUCAGAUUAAAAGGUAUAUUUUUGUUUAA